AUGGUUCUCGAGGCGGUAAUGGUUGUCGUGGACAACAGCGAGAGCAGCAGAAACGGAGACUACCAACCCACGAGAUUCGACUCACAAGUUGACGCCGUCAAUGUCCUCUUCCAGAGCAUCACUCAAGGCAACCCCGAAUCGUCAGUCGGAUUGAUGAGCAUGGGAGGCAAGGGUCCUGAGGUGCUCGUCACGCUGACCACGGAGCAAGGCAAGAUCUUGGAGGGUCUGCAUCGGACAAAGAAGAAGAUUGGCGGCUCGUCUCACCUCAAGACGGGCAUCCAAGUUGCUACGCUCGCCUUGAAGCACCGACAGAACCGAUCCCAGCGACAGCGAAUAAUAGUCUUCAUCUGCUCGCCAAUCGAAGAGAAUGAAAAGGAGCUAACACAACUGGCAAAGAAGAUGAAGAAGGGUAAUAUUUCCGUAGACUUUAUCCUGUUUGGCAACCUCGAUGACGACGACACACAGAAGAAGCUGCAGGCGUUCAACGAUGCCGUCAAAGGCAGUGAGGGUUCGCACUUGGUCGUCAUCCCCCCCAGUAGCAAGCUGCUUAGCGACCAGCUCGUGGCCACGCCUAUAUUACUUGGCGAGGGAGCCUCGGCGUCUGGCGGCGGCGGCGGCGGCAUGAGCGGAAGCAACGAUGAGUUUGAGUUUGGCUUCGAUCCUGCCAUGGAACCUGAGCUGGCCCUCGCUCUGCGUAUGAGUAUGGAGGAGGAAAAGGCCAGGCAAGAAAAGAGAGCCCGUGAAGAAGAAGAGGCGGCCAAAAAGGCAUCACUCGAGGGCGUCAAGGAGGAAGAUGAGUCUGGUCCAUCCGGGAGCGGGGACAAGAAGGACGGUGGUGAUAAGAUGGACACAUCGUAA